GAUUCGCAUCGCCCACUUCAGAUUCCAAGAAUUUUCGAAGCUAAAUAUAGACACGUCGAUGCUGACAAAAUGUACUUUACCGAUGGGUCUCUAAUUGAGGAAUCAACGGGAUUUGGAGUUUUCAACGAAACAACUAGCGCCUCUUAUAACCUCCAGUCACCAUGCUCUGUAUAUAUAGCAGAGUUAGCUGCUAUUCACUGGGCCUUGGACAGCAUCGCCUCACGGCCUAUUGGGCACUACUACAUUGUAACGGAUAGCCUAAGCUCAGUUGACGCAAUACGCUCAAUACGACCGGGAAAGCACUCGCCGUUCUUCCUAGAGAAGAUACGGGAUAUUUUGAGUGCUUUAACAAGACGUCGCUUUUCCAUCACCUUUGUUUGGGUUCCCUCUCAUUGCUCGAUAGUGGGCAAUGAGAAGGCAGACUCUCUGGCAAAGGUGGGGGCGACGGAAGGCGACACGUAUCCACGUGAAAUCGUCUUCAACGAAUUCUACUUCUUAGUACGAGGGAACUCUCUUGUCAACUGGCAGCGCAAAUGGGACGAGGAUGAGGAUGGUCGGUGGCUCCACUCGAUUAUCCCAAAGCAAUUUGUGUAGUUGCGGCCAAGGUUACCAUGACAUCGAGCAUAUUGUUUGGUCGUGUGAGGUCCAUCUUGUCGCCAGAACGAAUUUAAUAGACUCCCUUAGGGCCCGAGGAAAACCACCUAAUGUUCCAGUUAGAGAUGUACUAGCUGUGCUAGAUUUGGACUACAUGUUCGAAAUCUACCUUUUUCUAAAAGCUAUCGAUCUUCGUCUAUAAUUUCUUUUUUAUUUUCAUAUUUCCCUUUCUAUCUUCCUUUCUCCUCUCACAAAGUGUUAAGUUAAGAAAACAAUUGUAAACAACAAAAUCGGUUUUGGCUCCUUAAAGCCUAAAGGUAUGA